AUGUAUGCGCGCUCAUCGGAAGCAAUAUGGUCCCAUAGCGCAACAGGGUCUUUCCUGUGCGUCAUCAGCCAAGACCCUUUUCUGCCCCGCGCUUCCCUGUCGCCUCCGUUUGGAUUCCAGUCGUUCGCCCGAGCCCACGGCACCGCUCUCAUCGCCUCCCUCCGUCUGCGAAACCAAUUCAUCGGACUCCCGUCCCACUGUUCAAACUCCUCCAGAAAGUCGCUUGACUUCGUUGACCAGACACAACUCUCCAAGAAGCUGAUGCGGAAUAUCCUCACCCGAUACCGAUACCCCGCACCCACCUUGUUCGCAUCCGCAUCCGCAUCCGCAACCGCAUCAGCAACCGCAUCACGCACUCGCGCUCUUCCUCUCAUCACCACCACCACCACCACCAACAACCUCACCAAGACCGUUACUGUCACCCCCCAGCAACGCACCUUCAAAAUGACCAUCCACAAAACCCAAGAACCGCACAUCACAACCAUCACGGAGCUCUCCCCGCAAUCCUCCAAAUGGAUCACCCUGCAACAGAUCCACUACAUCGACCAAACCGGCAAGCCGCGCCUCUGGGAAGUCGCAGCGCGCAAGACGCGUUCGACGCCGACUGCCUCUUCUGCGGGGGGCAUCGACGCAGUAGCCAUGUGCAACAUCCUCCUGCACCCUCGCCGCCCGCCCUCGACCAUCCUCGUAAUCCAAUACCGCCCGCCCAUGGACGCUUAUACCGUCGAGUGGCCUGCAGGCCUCAUAGACCAGGGUGAAACGCCCGAGAAGGCGGCUAUAAGAGAAUUCAAGGAGGAAACGGGGUAUGAUUGUGUGGUGAAGAAUGUCAGUCCCAUACAGGCGGCGGAUCCGGGACUGAGUAAUACCAAUAUGGUGAUGGCUACGGUGGAGGUGAAUCUCAAGGAGGAGGAUGGAGAAGAUCAAAUGCCGGAGCAGAAGACGGAGGUGGGGGAACAUAUUGAAAGGGUGGUGGUGCCCAUGGCGGAAUUGUAUGAACGGUUGGUGGAGUAUAGUAAGAAGGAGAGACAUGUGGUGGCGGCGAAACUGUUUCAUUUUGCGAUGGGGAUGCAUUUUGCGACGACGGAGAGGUAUGGGGUUUUUGGGAAGAGGGAGUAGGUGUGAUGUGAGGCUGUAGGGGCAAGGUAGAGAUGUAUGAUGACUGUGAUGUGGUGUUUACCAAGACAUUUGAUAGACGGCGAUGAGGUAUGGUGGUUCUAUCAGAUAGACGGUCAGGGGCUGCGACUAGAGUAGAGAGAUUGAUGAACUGUGCACGCCUUGAGAAUCUCAUUGUUGUCGUCUUUGA